AGUCUUGAAAAACAAACCUUGUUGUGUGGCAGUCCGCAAGUAUAUUGCCAGUCUAAAAUUUUAGUUUUGUAGUCUAGAAAUAGUACUUUAGCAGAUCUUGGUGUAGCUUUCAGUGUGGGUGUGAAUCUUGCACCGAGGGAAAAUGGAACUGCUUUACAGAUGCCAAGUAAAUUUGAGAGAGGAUUGUUGUUAGUGUUCAUGUUCUAUAUGUUCAAAGAAUUUUAAAUAAAACACAAGGCAAGUCUCUGGGCUUUGCUAUAUCCAAGUGAUAUCUGGAUGGCACAGAGGUUCAAAGUAAAAAUAAUAUUGUUGGACAGCUAGGUAUCUGGUUUGAUGUAAUUUCUAAUGAGCAUUGUUCAUUGGAACAGCAACUGGAGUAGAGGAAACAUUAGACUGUUCAAAAAUACAUGAAAAUGAAUGGGUUUUCCUAUUAAAUGGAUUAUUGUCGAUGGAUGAGAGUUUUUUCUUAUCAGACUAGUGAAAUAAAUGCUGAUAAAAGCUUUUUCUGUAUUGCUGCAAAAAUUGGGCUAUAUGCUAUAUGAUGAGCCUUUUGGCAAAAAACCAAAACAAAUACAUCUUCUCUAGAGGUCCCAGUUGUCAUUACCAAGUCCUGAAUUUGCUUCGGGUUCUGCUAAAUAUCUUUCUAGACGGAACGUAUUUCCAGGCCGUGUCUCCCCAUUCCUCCUUGUAGGUGGGGAACUAUCUGCGUAUGUUCCGAGGUUCCCUGUACAAGAGAUAUCCCUCACUGUGGAGGCGACUAGCCACAGUGGAAGAGAGGAAGAAGAUAGUGGCAUCUUCACACGAAAAUCAACGAUCUCACAGUCCCAGAAGAUAUCAUGGCUAUACAACAUUAGCCACUAGUGUGACGCUGUUAAAAGCCUCUGAAGUGGAAGAGAUCUUGGAUGGAAAUGAUGAGAAGUAUAAGGCAGUGUCUAUCAGCACAGAACCUCCCACCUACCUCAGGGAACAGAAGGCAAAGAGGAACAACCAGUGGGUGCCGACCCUGCCCAACAGCUCUCAUCACCUGGACGCGGUGCCAUGCUCAACAACUAUUAACAGGAAUCGCAUGGGCAGGGAUAAGAAGAGGACCUUUCCUCUCUGCUUUGAUGACCAUGACCCAGCAGUGAUCCACGAGAAUGCAUCCCAGCCGGAGGUUCUGGUUCCAAUCAGGCUUGAUAUGGAAAUUGAUGGGCAGAAACUCAGAGAUGCGUUUACGUGGAACAUGAAUGAAAAGCUAAUGACCCCAGAAAUGUUCUCUGAGAUUCUUUGUGAUGACCUCGAUUUGAAUCCUCUGACUUUUGUCCCCGCUAUUGCCUCUGCCAUCCGACAACAGAUAGAGUCGUACCCGACUGACAGUAUCCUGGAAGACCAGUCAGAUCAACGAGUUAUUAUUAAGCUAAACAUCCACGUAGGGAACAUCUCCCUUGUAGACCAGUUUGAAUGGGACAUGUCAGAGAAGGAGAAUUCACCAGAGAAGUUUGCCUUGAAGCUGUGCUCAGAGCUUGGCCUGGGUGGAGAGUUUGUCACCACUAUCGCCUACAGCAUCCGGGGACAGCUGAGUUGGCAUCAGAAGACGUACGCCUUCAGCGAGAACCCUUUGCCAACUGUGGAAAUUGCCAUUCGCAACACAGGGGAUGCUGACCAGUGGUGCCCUCUUCUGGAAACCCUCACAGAUGCUGAGAUGGAGAAGAAGAUCAGAGACCAGGACAGAAAUACAAGGCGCAUGAGACGUUUGGCCAAUACUGCUCCAGCCUGGUAAUCCUCCUGUUGUGACACUGGUGCUCUUCCUACAGACUUUAUCCCAACUCCUCUCCCCAAAUGGAUCUAGGAUUGGCAGGGGGUCUCUCUGUCCCCAAAAGGGGACACACAUUCCACUUGCCAAGCAGUUCCCAGUACUGCUGACUUCUGCCCCCAUCCCCUCCAUCUAAAGGCCACGUACUGAGAAUGCUGCAUUAGCAUGUGAUCUGUCUGAGACCUGUGGCACCUGUUGGAGCCCUUACAUACCUGUGUGUGGACAGUGUAAAGAUUCUUUUGUAUAGGUGCAACAUGCACUGUUAGGACAACUUUUUAAAUAAAAGGAAUGUAUGCUACU